AUGGGUCUUGCAGAAUACUGGCGAAAAGUACAUGACAGACCUACACAGUCCGAGGAGCACGCCGACGGUCCAAUAGGAGAUUGCCCUCUGAGCUUUGCACUAGCUCCCGACGGCGAGUCACAGUUUAAGGAAUACGAAAACUUGCUAAUCAUUCAAGCCAAGAGGCUGGAUGAAUGGCAUGCAGACAUGCCUCUGUCAGAACGACCCAUUGAAUCGUUUCAAGGUGCAAGCCGGUCUCAAGGGACGUCGGUAGAAUCUGCUCUAUCCAUUCAACCUCUAUCAUUCCUGUCGCAUGACACUGCCAUGAGCUACGCAUAA